GCAAGACUAUAAUAAAAAUCCUCAAAAGCCCUAAUUCACCCACCGCCACCAUCUCCAGGUUCAGCAGAAGGGAAAAAUAAAAACCAACUUGUUUUACUCAAAUUCCUUUCCUUUUUAGCUGUUUUAGUUAUUUAAGAGAAACCCUUUUAAGAUUUCUUGCAUUUAACCACUGAAACUCUUUCAAAUUCAAUCCAUAUCUAACCAUUUUGUCAAUUCUUUUCAAUCUUCUUGAAUCUUGAAUUAAUUUGCCAAUCUUGGUUUCGUUGUACUGGUUUUGAAUUCUGUAACCUAGAAUCGUCUUCAAGGUUUCAUUUUCUUGAAAUCUUGAACCAGUUUGUCAAUCUUGGUUUACUUUACUUCUUUUGUGUUCUUUCUGUAGCUGAGAAUCCUCUUAGAGAUUUCAAGAAAACAAUACACAGUAACUCAUUUGGUGAAAAAGUUUCAGUUUCUUAAUGGCAGAGGAUAGAAAUGGAGAGCGCAGUGAGGAGAGUGAUUACACUUCUGAAGAUGAAGGAACUGAAGAUUACAGGAGAGGAGGAUACCAUGCAGUGAGGAUUGGUGAUAGAUUCAAGAAUGGACGUUAUGUGGUGCAGAAUAAGCUUGGUUGGGGUCAUUUCUCUACUGUUUGGCUCGCUUGGGACACUCAAGGAUCGCCACCGCGUUAUGUAGCUUUGAAAGUACAAAAGAGUGCACAACACUAUACUGAAGCAGCUAUGGAUGAGAUCAAGAUUCUCAAACAAAUUGCUGAGGGGGACACAGAGGAUAAAAAAUGUGUUGUAAAGCUGUUGGAUCAUUUUAAGCAUUCAGGACCAAAUGGACACCAUGUGUGUAUGGUUUUCGAGUACUUAGGAGAUAAUUUGUUGACUCUUAUUAAGUAUGGUGAUUAUCGAGGAAUUCCUUUACACAUGGUGAAAGAAAUAUGUUUCAAUAUUUUGGUGGGUUUGGACUACUUGCAUCGCCAGCUUUCAAUUAUUCAUACUGAUUUAAAGCCAGAGAACAUCUUGCUUUUGUCAAUGAUUGAUCCAUCUAAAGAUCCGUGUAACUCAGGUGCUCCUCCCAUCAUCCCAAAUAGUAAGAAUAAAGUCGCUGCUGAAUCUGCUGCUCCAAAAUGCAGUAAGAGUUUAAAUGGGGAUUUGACCAAGAAUCAGAAAAAGAAAAUUAAAAAGAAGGCUAAGAAGGCAGCUCAGAGUUGUGCAGAGAAAGAAGCUUCUGAGGAAAACAAGGCAGAUCCUGAAACACCUGGCCCUGAAGAUCCUAAUACUGAUGCAAAAUCUAAUAAAGACUCAGUUGAUGAAUUGUCAGAUACUUCUUUGAUUAAAGAUGAACCUACAAACAGAGAAGAAAAGAAGGAUGCCCACAAAGAAAAACCUCGCAGAAGAGGCAGCCGUUCCACAAGGCAAAAGCUGUUGGCAGCAGUUGAUCUAAAGUGCAAGUUGGUUGAUUUUGGAAAUGCUUGUUGGACAUACAAACAAUUUACAAGUGAUAUCCAGACAAGACAGUAUAGGUGUCCGGAGGUUAUUCUUGGAUCUAAAUACUCAACUCCGGCAGAUAUAUGGUCCUUUGCUUGUAUUUGUUUUGAGCUGGCUACUGGUGAUAUCCUUUUUGAUCCUCACAGUGGUGACAACUAUGAUAGGGAUGAGGAUCACCUAGCAUUGAUGAUGGAGCUUCUUGGCACAAUGCCUCGUAAGAUUGCAUUGGGUGGUCGCCAUUCCCGGGAUUUCUUCAAUAGAUAUGGAGAUCUGAGGCACAUCCGUCGACUGCGAUUCUGGCCUCUUAACAAGGUACUGAUGGAAAAGUAUGAUCUCAGUGAGCAAGAUGGAACGGACAUGGCUGACUUCCUUACUCCCCUACUUGAUUUUGUGCCUGAAAAGAGACCCACAGCAGCUCAAUGCCUUAGUCACCCAUGGAUCACAGCAGGACCUCGUCUGCUUGAACCGUCCAUGCCUCAUGUUCAACUGCAUGCAACAAGUGGGAAUAUGCCUGAAAACAAGAGUGAGAGCAAUGAGAGGGAGCCCAUAGAAGCUGGAGUAGGAAAUAUGGCUAUUGAUGUAGCUCCAAAGCCAUCCAAAGAGGUCAGCCCAACACUUGAGCCUUGAACAUCGAGUCUGACUAAUUUUUCAGGAGUUAUCUUUUCACAUGGCUUUGCCACAAGUGACUUGCAUUCAUUGAGAGGGAUUUUGGCAUCCCACAUUCAUUUUACAUCUGAUAUUUUGCCGCGGCUAUGUGACUUUGGAAGCAAUUGGAAGCGGCUAUGACUUUGGAAGCGACCGGUUAUGGUACAGGCCAUCAUGAGUUUAGAAGCUAGGUUUUUUUGUGUAAAGGAUACAUGUCCAAGUGUAGCGAUACCUCAACAUCUUUUGAUUUGCUUUUUCAUUGUACAAUUUCCGAUGUUGGUUUGAACAGAUUGUGUAUCAAGGUUCUAGGGAGUAGCUAUUAUUUUGAGACAUCCAAAGGGAUUUCAGUUGUA